AUCAGGACUUCGCGUGACGCGCUCUCCAGUCGUUUCCAUCUGGCUCUCAGUUGUUGCAGUUCUUCCACCAACAAAUGGGGAGAAUUUAGAAGUGACAAAUAAUAUAAGAGUUUGGAGGAAAAUGAGGAAAUUAGUAGGAAGGAAGGAUAAAAGGCUUGACCUUCAAAAGUAACUAAUUUAACCAACCAACCUUGGGAUCAUUUUCUCCUCUCUUCGCCCAAACACCAAUUCAGAGGAAAGUAGAAAGCAAUCUUCUCUCUCAAUUCUCAGAGCUCUUCAAACCCUUUAAAGAGCUUUGUGGAAGAAUCCGACUUAUGCUCUUCUUUCUCUCUCAUUUAAUUGGUUUCAGUCACAGAGGCAGGGCGGGUUGUUUGGGGGGAGGGAGAGAGAGAGAGAGGAAGAGAGGGACCUGUAGUUUCUUCCUCUUUUCUCUUUCAGGGCCUCCAAUGGUGACCGUACAAUCCCAUGGUAUUUGGAUAUAUGCUUAGAAUAGGAAACGGCUUGCGGACAACGGAGAGAAGACCAAAACCUUGAAAAAUCCGGCCAGCUUUGGAGGGUUUGGAAUUUUAGAUAAAAGAUGUUUGUGUGCAAAUGUUUUUAUUGGACUAGAGUUUCCGAUUGCUUUUUGCACGAGCCGGAGCCUUAUUCGCUGCCGGCGCCGAUCCCGGAAUGGCCUGAAGGCAAAGGUUUUGGUACUGGAAGAAUAUGUCUAGGAGAAAUAGAAGUUCUUAAGGUCACCAAGUUUGUGAGUGUCUGCAGCUGUAAUGUUCUGAAUAACAGGAAAAAAGGUGUUACAUUCUAUAAGCCCAUAAUACCAGAUGGAUUUUUCAGCCUUGGUGAUUACUGCCAAUCAAAUGACCAACCUUUGCGGGGGUUUGUUCUUGUGGCUAGGGACAUGGUUGCUCCUGAUACAGAAUCUCGUCAAAUUAAGUCAUUUAGGGAAUUGCCAGCUCUUAGAAAACCUAUUGACUAUAAAUUAGUUUGGAGUACAGAUGAAUGCAGCGAGGAAAAUCAUUGUGGUCGUGGUUUCUUUUGGUUUCCAGAACCACCAGUGGGUUACAAAGCUAUGGGCCAUGUGAUUACCAGUAAGCCGGAAAAGCCUGCACUUGAAGAAGUGAGAUGUGUUCGAGAAGAUCUUACUGAGACUUGUGAGAACUCUUGUUUAAUCUUUAAUGCAGAUUCAAAUAUUUGCAAGUUCCCACUUCAGGUCUGGAACACAAGAGCUUGCAACCGGGGGAUGCUGGGAAGAGGUGUUUCUGUUGGGACAUUUUUCUGCAGUAGCUGCUCAGGUUCUGACAAUGAGCUAGGCAUUGCAUGCUUGAGGAAUUGUGAUCCAAAUCUACAUGCCAUGCCAAAUAUGGAACAGAUCCAUGCACUCAUCGAGCAUUAUGGGCCCACUGUUUUCUUUCAUCCUGAUGAGAGUUAUUUGCCCUCCUCUGUGCCAUGGUUUUUCAAAAAUGGAGCUUUGUUGUAUCGAAAAGGUGGGCCAUUUGGUGAGCCUAUUGACUCUAGAGGCUCCAAUCUGCCGAGUGGUGGGAGUAAUGAUGGGGAGUAUUGGAUAGACUUGCCAAAUAAUGAACAGAAUAGCAUCAAGUAUGGCAACAUAGAGAGUGCAGAACUGUAUGUUCAUGUGAAACCGGCUCUUGGAGGAACCUUCACUGAUAUCGUUAUGUGGAUAUUUUGCCCAUUCAAUGGACCAGCCACAAUGAAGUUUGGGGCAGUGAAUAUUGCACUUGGUAGGAUAGGGCAGCAUGUGGGUGAUUGGGAGCAUUUCACACUACGUAUAAGUAACUUCACUGGCGAUCUCUGGAGCAUGUACUUCUCUCAACACAGUGGAGGAGAGUGGGUGGAUGCUUGGAACUUGGAAUUCAUUGAGGGGAACAAGGCGAUUGUUUAUUCAUCAAAAAGCGGUCAUGCAAGCUUUCCGCAUCCUGGGACCUAUCUUCAAGGAUCUACAAAGCUGGGGAUAGGAGUGAGGAAUGAUGCUGCGCGAAGCAACUUUUGUGUGGAUUCUAGCAAAAAAUAUCAAAUUGUUGCAGCAGAGUAUCUUGGAGAAGGAAUUGUUACUGAACCGUGUUGGUUGCAGUAUAUGAGAGAGUGGGGUCCGACUAUUGUGUAUAAUUCAAGAACUGAACUGGAAAAAGUAAUCAGUUAUCUCCCAGUCUUGAUCCGGUUUUCAGUGGAAAACAUUUUUGAUAAGUUCCCAGUAGAGCUUUAUGGGGAGGAAGGACCAACUGGACCCAAGGAGAAGAACAAUUGGGUGGGGGAUGAAAGAGGAUGACUAAAAACCCCAUCGUCCAGCCUCACCGGAAGUUCCCUCGUAUUGUUCUAUACAUGUUAGCCAGAUUGGAAAUUCAACAAUAGUCUGUUGUAAGAGUGUACAUCAUUCAUGUUAAUGUAUUUCAGAUGAUUGAGUUGAGGCAGAGAAAGAGAGAGAGAGAGAGAGAAAUCUGCUUCUUUAUGGCCCAAGUUUUCCAAACAAGGAGAAAAUUUCUCAAGUCUUGCAUGUUUACAAGUGUAGAGAACCCGAUGAGUCUUGCAUGUUUCAGAGACUACAUGAGAAAACUGUCUUGCUGGUUCUGGAAAGAGAUGCUUUUGAUGGUUUAUUGGGAAAACAUUUGGCUGCAAAUUCUGCUAAUGUUUUCCUUGUCCAUGCCCACCAUAUCUCUUGUUCUUAACUGAACUAAGUAGCAAUAUCAAAGCAUCCACAGAGAACCAUCGAUUUCUUUGCACAUCAA